CGGAAGUCGGGGGUGGGGGGAAGUGUGUGUCUCCUUUCAGGAGCCCACUAGCCAAGCAGCUGAGAUGGAGGCCUCUGACGGGCUAGGGGGCGAAGGGGACAAGGCACUAGAGAAGGUGACAGAGGCGCCCUGCCUGGAGAGAAGCUCUAGCACCAUCCCCGCUGGAGAUUCACUUGUCCGCCACGCAGAGGGCCUGGGACAGGACACCUUCAAAAUUUGUAAAGAAUACUUGAGACCUCUAAAGAAGUUUCUUCGAAAGUUGCACUUACCCCGGGACCUACCCCAAAAGAAGAAACUUAAAUACAUGAAGAGGAGCCUGAUGGUUUUAGGGGACCACAUCAAUACCUUCCUGCAGCAUUAUUGCCGAGCUUGGGAAAUCAAGCAUUGGAGGAAGAUGCUCUGGCGUUUCAUCUCCCUCUUCUCAGAGCUGGAUGCCAAACUACUGCGCCGACUGUACAAGUACAGCAAGAGUGACCAGAAUGCCAAGUUCCUGGUGGCAUUCCGGCCCUUGGACACCUCAGAGACAGCCACCCCCCCUACCGAGCAAAGCAACAGCCUGCCCAAGCUCUAUAAUGCCUGGGGCCUCCAUCGAGACUCCAGCUGUACAAAAGAAAAGCUCAACAAAAUGCAGGUCCAUGCCCCAGAAGCCUCCCUUUCUGGGGAGCAGAAACAUGGCGGCCAGGUCAAAAGAGACUCUAUAAAGAAACCUUCCCAUAAACCAAAACUGAAGAGAAAGAGAAUGAAGGAAGCCCUCAGAACCCCUGAGAGCCACUCAUAGGAGGACCCACCUAGGACAGUGAACCCAGCUUCCCCAUUGUCCUGAAAUCACUCUGCUUCCUUCAACACCUAAAACCCCAUUCUACCCUAGAAUCUUCCUCUUUAUUCCAAGGCUUUUGGUUUGGGGGAGAAGAGAGGGUGAGGAGAUAUGAGGGAGGGAGGGAAGACAAAAUUAUCUUUAUUCACAGAUCAUUGGGGAUGGCAAUUAGUAGUAGAUAGGGAGGGAAAUAAACAUACUAAAAUUCA